UAACUCCCUUCCCCUCAGGCUACAAGUAAAGUUGAACCCUUCGGACCUUUCAUAGAGUCAGCUGACUGAAACCUCCUCUGAUCAUCCUGCAGCUCUGUGGAUUGGAAACACAGGAACCCGUCGCGUUACUCCGCGCAGGAUGAGGACGCUAUUUUGAAGCAAAUUAGUGUUAGUUGACUGCACAAGAGGAACCACCUGGACUGUGUUUUUUUUUUUCAAUUAUUAUUUUAGAUUGAACUCAUCCUGACUAAAGCAACAUGCAGCAGCCCGAAACACAACAGAGCAGUCAGCAAACAACCACAGAAACUCUGGAUUCUGCAGGUCUCUAUGUCCGCAGAAGGAAGACGGCUCUGUGGGUGACCGUGUCUCUGCUGGCGUUGGCUUUGGUGGUCCUCACCAUCGGUCUCGUCUCAGCCACUCGCACUGACAACGUGUCCGUGUCUGGAUAUUACCCCGGCAUCACCCUCAGUUUUGGAGCGUUUCUGGGAAUUGUUGGCAUCCACCUGGUGGAAAACCGCAGACCCAUGCUUGUGGCUGCAAUAAUCUUCAUCAGCAUCGGAGUCAUUACGUCUUUCUUGUGUGCCAUUGUGGAUGGGAUUAUUGCUUCAGAGUUCAUUGACAUACGGCCUUUGGAGGAGAACAUGUGUGAUUAUUACAGCAGUGGAUCAGGUUACGCCUACGAUAACUACUUUACUGAGCAGGUGGCGUGCCGCUCAUUCAACAAAGCCUGCUCGCUUAGAGUUAGGAGCAACACCUGCUACUGCUGCUACCUUUACUGCGAGAGCUCAGAGUACCACACCCGUUACUACGAGUUCACGGGGGUCAGCGGCUGCUUCGAUGUGAUCCACCUGUACCGACUGCUGUGGGCCUCUGUGGUGCUGAACGUGAUCGCCUUGUUCCUGGGCAUCAUCAACGCCGCCAUCCUCGGAGCAUACAAGGAUAUGCAGAAGCCCACUGCUCAGAUUGCUCCGAGCCCUGCGCCUCCACCCCAUAUCCUCUACAACCCGACCCAGCACAUGCUCUCCUACUCGGGCUUCUGCCCCUCAGGCCAGGCUCUGCCCUCCUACCCAAACUACCCCAUACCCAUGCAGCAUACCAGCAGCUUCCAAGCACCUGCCACCCCCCAGAUGAUCCCUGACGGAGGCUCUGGUGCCAACCCCUCUGAGGAGAGCCAGAGCCAGCAGCCUGCCCAGAUGCCCACACAGCCACCGUCUCAGGGAGCCACCCAGGACCCCGGAGGCUACAUGCUGACCCCCAACGCUCCCGUCCUGUACGGAUCCACCUACAACCCCUUUGAGAAGCCCCCGCCGUAUGCCUGCUGAGCCCCGACACACACACGCACACGAAAGGAGGUGGAGGAGGAAGUCCUCACCUAGUUCAGCACAAGACUUUUUGUAGGUUGUCUUUGUAGAGAAAAAAAGUCACUCCAUUUCAGUUCUGUGUCUUGUGGGUUUUAACUGAUCGCAGACACAGACUGAUAGAUGUAUAUCUUUAUGUUUCCUGUGGUUAACUGAGGAAAUCAGCUCAGUUAUCUUUUUCAGCAUAAGAUUAUAAUUCGUCACUCAUAAAGAGUCUAAAACCGAUCAAAUGUACUACCCCCAAAGAGCAACUUACCACCUCAGUAUUUCAAAAACAGAAGAAUACACGCUAACUCCUGCAGCUGGUUUAGUAGGUCAGACGCAAGCAAGUAAAGGGAGUAAGCAAACUCCUCAGAGGCUCAAGCUGACACUAAAAUAUGGGAUUUUAUUUAUGAAGGAUCGCUACAAUUCACUUCACCACAUGUUUAGAGCCCAACAUUCCUGCCAUGAUCUCAUUCUCUAACAGUUUAAGCUUAGUCAAGGUAUGAGUUUUUAAAAACAAAACAAAAGAGAACAGUAAAUGUCUGAAGUACCAUUUCUGUUCAUUAGGAUUUAAGAAAAUUAAGCCCUUUUUCUCUCGUUGUUUAUUUUAGGUUGAAGACUGUGGGUUUGCAGAUCAGAUCUGCUAGCCAGCAUUUAUCAAUCUAAAAAUAUUGCCUGCUUUAACAAAAUUUAAAAGUUAGCAAAUUUCCAAAGUACUCAGUAAUUCACGUCUCAGUUUGUGUCUGAUGGACGCUAUGAAUGUACAGUGUGAUUUUAGGACAACGGACUGAUCUAAUGUCUUGUUUAGAUAAUAGCUGUGUAGAUAAUCUUUAUUUAAAUUAAAAAGGGCUUUCUUGAAAUGUGAAAUGGAGAUUAGAUGAUAUUCAUGUUGCUCUUAUUUAUUCUUUGUGUUAUUUAAUGUGUUCUUAAGAGUCAAUAUACUGUAUGCAUUAUUGAUGAUGUGUGUAAACUGUUGGGAUUCAGUAUCUGCUGCUAUGAAAUUCAUACUGUUUUGAUCUUUGACCUAUACAUUUGUGCUGUAAGGGCUUUGAAAGAACAUCAAACAAUAGAUUUUGGAAAAUUUGUCCAUUUUCUUGAGAAGAAUACAGUAAUGCAACAUUCAUGUUUGAGUGGUGCAUACAGUGACAAACAAAAUAUAAGUGGAAAAAAAGACGCAUGUCCCCAAGAGUCUUUGUUGGAAACAAGUGGAAAGGAGAUGCUAUGACGAUCAGAAAAUCAACCUUACGUAAACACAAACCCUGGCAUUUAAUGAUCUGCCUUCAUGUGAGAAAAAUGCGUAUUUCCCAGAAAUUUCCUUUUUCCUUGGAAAAUUCAACUGAACAGACUCGGACUACUAGGUGACUUCACAGUUGCUGUAUGUUUAAAAAAAAGAAAAAAAGGAGAAUUUAAAUAUCUUGUUUAAGUAAAAAACAAUAAAAUGUGGUUCUGCAACUCCCUCUGCCCCAGCUGUUCUGUCGGGCCGGAUCAGAAGUUUCAAGCAGCUGAUUUCAACAUGUUUUCCUAUAAACCCGACUGUAUAAAUGUCCUCUUCUUGUGCUGAUGUUGGGGCCUUGGAUUUAAAGGGCCAUAGCAGUCUGUUACAUAAGCACACUUUCAACAAACAUGUUUCUCAGCUUCAUUUAAAAUGUGUAGUGUUUACUCUCUAGGGAGAGAUGGGAACUUAAGGUCCUAAACUCAAAGUUUACUCAAGAUCCACUGGUUUUUAUUCUUUUUAAUUAACCCCGUCCAUUAGACUGCAUACCUCCAACUAAAUGUUUUUAAAUUCUCUCAUGCUGAAAAUGUUAAGACUAUAACAUCAACGUGAACUGAAAUCUAAUUUCUUUAGCGCUUUAUCUGUAAUAAAAAUAACUCAAAGUAAGAUGCAGCCCAAAUUUAGGACAUGACUAUAACAAAGACCACACACAAAUCUUUUUUGUUUUUUGAAAAUACAAUUUUACUCUAUAAUAUAAUGUUCAUACAGCUGAUUUUAUUUUUAAAUAGGUUUAGGGGAAGUUAAAACUCAAAAGGCAGACAUCUUGCAGCAUUGUACACAUACUGGCAGUUUAAAGUGAAAAAUAAAAAUAAGGGAAAAUUCAAGAUACAACACGAUUUAAAAAAAAAAA